CGAGUGCCACAAUUCCUCAGAUCGUAUAAAAGUACGAGUUUGGGACGAGGAUAACGAUCUGAAAUCGAAACUCCGGCAAAAAUUGACCCGAGAGAGCGAUGAUUUUCUGGGCCAAACAAUCAUUGAGGUGCGAACUCUGAGUGGUGAGAUGGACGUAUGGUACAACUUGGAAAAACGUACGGACAAGAGUGCUGUAUCCGGGGCAAUUCGAUUGCACAUAAGUGUAGAGAUAAAAGGCGAGGAAAAAGUUGCGCCCUACCAUGUGCAGUAUACAUGCCUGCACGAGAAUCUUUUCCACAGUUUGUGCGAGAGAAACAACGAAAUGGUAUCAUUGCCAGAAGCUAAAGGAGACGAUGCAUGGAAAGUAUACUUCGAUCCACCGGGGGAAGAGCUUGUCGACGAAUUUGCAAUGCGAUAUGGAAUUGAAAGCAUUUACCAAGCGAUGACGCAUUUUCACUGUUUAUCAACAAAAUACCUGUGUCCAGGUGUGCCAGCAGUCAUGUCAACCCUUCUAGCCAACAUAAACGCCUACUACGCUCACACAACAGCGAGUUCAGCUGUCUCAGCGAGCGACAGAUUCGCCGCGAGUAAUUUUGGAAAAGAGAAAUUCGUUAAACUACUGGACCAACUUCACAAUUCACUGAGAAUAGAUCUGUCAGGAUAUCGCAAUAACUUUCCAGCCUCGAGCCCCGAGAAACUCAUGGAUUUGAAAAGUACAGUAGAUUUGCUAACAAGUAUUACAUUUUUCCGAAUGAAAGUUCAGGAAUUAUCGAGUCCACCGAGAGCAAGUACAGUCGUUAGAGACUGCGUCAAGGCCUGUCUUCGAUCAACCUAUCAAUUUUUGUUCGAAAAUUGCGCCGAUCUGUAUCAACGGGAGUACCAAACAUCCAAGGGAAACGAGCCACGUCCAGAGGAUCGCGAACCAGCGCUUGACUCCCUCAAAUUUUGGGACAUGCUGAUUACCCUCAUAAUAGCGGUUAUCGAGGAGGACAAGAAGAGCUACGGUCCGGUGCUCAAUCAAUUCCCCCAAGAGCUGAACAUUGGUCAAUUAUCAGCAGCAACAAUGUGGGAUUCAUUUGCCAUUGAUUUGAAGUAUGCAUUAGACGAGCACGAGUCCCACAGAUUAUGCCACUGCGCUGACUACAUGAAUCUUCAUUUCAAAGUCAAAGGUCUUUACGAUGAAUUUGUACAAGAUGUCCCGCCCCACAAGAGCAAAGUCCCGGAAUAUCCAGCAUGGUUCGAGCCAUUUGUCAUGCAGUGGUUGAAUGCCAAUGACGAUAAUUCACUCGACUAUCUUCAUGGUGCCUUUAAUAGAGAUAAGAAGGACGGCUUCCAGAAGAGUAGCGAACAUGCCCUAUUCAGUAAUUCAGUUGUCGAUAUAUUUACCCAAUUGACUGAGUGCUUCAAAGUUGUAUCUGAAUUGAAGUGUCCCGAUCCGGAAAUACGUAAACGUUACAUGAAACGCUUCGCCAAAACCAUCGUCAAAGUAUUGAUAACAUACGCUGAUAUUGUCAAAAAGGAAUUUCCUUCUUACCUCCAAGAGGAGAGAAUUGCGUGUAUUUUAAUGAACAAUGUUCAGCAGUUGAGGGUACAGCUGGAGAAAUUAUUUGAAAAAAUGGGGGGUGAAGAGUUGGAAGAGGAUGCCGCUACCAUAUUGAAAGAUUUGCAACAGCAGUUGAAUGGCUCGUUGGAUGAGCUUGCUGUUAUUUUUGCAAAGAGUCUAGAGCACAAAAUAACGGCCUCUGUCAAGGAAGUUGGGGACAGACUCGUCAAUAUCAAGGCUAGUAAUCAGCAGAAUCAGAGAAGUAGUGUUGAGGUUGAAGCUGAUGAUGUUCUGAGACCUUUGAUGGAUCUGUUGGAUGGUAGUUUAUCGCUGUACGCUGAUUCCUCGGAGAAAACAGUGUUCAAGAGGCUUUUGAAGGAGCUCUGGAAAAUUGUCAUUAGGAUAAUGGAGAAGACUGUUGUGUUACCACCCAUGACGGACAAAACGAUGGUAUUGAAAAAUUUGACGGACAAUGCCAAGAACAUUGCGGCUAAUGCCAAGAUCGAGGACAUGGGGAGACUAUUCAAAAAUCAUAUGGCUGGGAAACCAGAUGUGAAGAAUGCUCUCAGUGGAGUCAUGGACAUUUCAAAGGAAGUCGAGAAGAAUUUAUCGCCAAGGCAGUGCGCUGUUUUAGAAAAAGCACUGAACACAGUCAAAGAUUAUUUCUACGCCGAAGGUAGAGGUCUGAAGAAAAAUUUCUUGGAAAAGUCACCGGAACUACAAAGCCUGAGAUACGCAUUGAGUCUCUACACUCAAACAACGGACACCCUCAUCAAGACUUUCGUUACAACUCAGCUCAAUCAAAUGCCGCUGAAUGACGCCACGACAUUACGCCAACGUCAACGCUCGAUGAGCAGCGAAAGGGGUGAUGAAGGCGAAGAUGGAGAUGGCAUGGAAGGCCUUGAAGAGCCCCUUCGCCAGAGCAAACCCCCACUGCGGAGGGAAAGUCGGCAAGAUACGAUGAAUGCAGAUGGCGAGUCUGUAGGAGAAUUGAGCAUUCAAGUUGACCUAUUCACACACCCAGGCACAGGAGAGCAAAAAGUGACAGUUAAAGUUGUAGCAGCAAAUGAUCUCAAAUGGCCGCUGGCAACCGGCAUGUUCCGGCCUUUCGUUGAAGUCAAUUUAAUUGGGCCUCAUCUGGCUGAGAAGAAACGAAAACAAGCGACUAAAUCGAAGAGCAAUACCUGGUCACCGAAAUUCAACGAGACAUUCCACUUUAUCAUCGGAAAUGAGCAGCAGCAGCUUGAUUACUUCGAGCUCCACAUCUGCGUGAAGGAUUACUGUUUCGCACGUGAAGAUCGAUUAGUCGGUGUUGCAGUAUUACAACUGAAAGACAUUAUCGAGGAGGGCUCAUGCGCGUGUUGGCUAUCACUGGGCAAGCGAAUUCAAAUGGAUGAAACUGGUUGGACGAUACUGCGAAUUCUUUCCCAGAGGAAUAAUGAUGAUGUUGCUAAGGAGUUUGUGAAGCUGAAAGGUGAUAUACGGCGGGAAGAUCCAUUACCAAAUCCAACUUAAAACAUUUGAAAUACACACUGGCAUGACAGUGACGGGAACAUUUAAUAUUUUUUCAGUAAGCUUAUCUACGCAAUUAUUGGAAGGUAUAUAAAAAGCUUAAUAAUGUCGUGAGAGCAUCAGUUAUGAUACUAGAGGAUAAUUGGCUUCUCGGGAUGCGACAGUGAAUUCCACUCGUGUGUCGUUAAAAUGAUAAAAUUAUCAGUGAUGUUAUCAUAAAUAUUGACGUCGAAAUGUUAAUGAAGACCUCAAUCACUCUCACGACAUUAUGAAUUCUCUCGUAUCAUUGAGAUCAACGAGAGAUGACGAAGGUGAUACAAAAUAUGAAUGUGCCGAAAAGAUUUUCUAAUACAUAAAGACCAUUCAAAACAUUAAAUUCGAGGGGGGGGAGGACUCGAAUUAUUUUUCAAAUUAUAAGUAAGUGAUUAUUUAAAGUCGAACCACAACAAUGCUCUUAGGCACAUGUGAACGUUGAAGGAGACGAGAAUAAUCGUUGAUCGAUAAAAAAAAACGUACUAAUGAACUGUAGAUAUCCGAUUUUUGUCAACGCGGAAACGAACACAAAAAAAUGAAUUUUUCUAAUACGAGUUUAAGAUAGCAUUUUUGCGUACGACCAAUAGGCAAGUCAUGACGAUAUUCACGACACGCCAUUUAAUUAUUAAACAUAAGUGAAUCAAUGAGAAAGAAGCAAAUAUCUUAGUCAUUAUCUUGUAAAAAUAUGUAUUUACUUACGAAAAAUUAACCAGAGAUUGCAAGAGUCUGACCGCUAUACAUCAUACAUAGAGUUGAGCUACGAUGGAGAGUUAAAGAACUGCAAUUUUUCAUCGCAAAUUCAUUUUUAUUUUCGUUAAUUGUUUUCAUUGGCUGAAGAAUUUAUAGUAGAGGAGAAAAAUCGAGUCUUGAGUGAAUAAUCUCAAUACUCAUGAUGAGUUUAUAGAUAGAUUUAAAGGCAUAAUAAACUAAAGAAGAAACAAUAAUAUUGCAAGAUUCAAUAAUGUCACUCCUUCGUACCUCGUGCAAUAUGAAUACACAUUUGUCCAUUCGCCAAAUUUGUUUUCUCAGAUUAAAACAUUGUGAGCAUUACUCUAAAUCCAUUGAAUAAGGUAUAAAAUUCACGAUGAAAAUUCAUUUUUACAAUUAUCAUCUUCAACAUGAAAAUACUUUCAAGAUAAAAACAAGAAUAAGGUAGUAACGUCUAGAUAACUGAAUAAGAAAAAUAAAUAAAAACAGGUUGUAUCGUAAAAACGCUUUUUUCGGAAAAUCGAGUAAAAAUAGUGGAAAUUACAUUUGCAUUCCAGACAAAGAAUACGAUUUUUAAUAAUACAAGAGAUAAAUCACUGAACCAAGGAGUAAAAGAGGUUGAAUAUGAAGAGAUUUUUGAGUUUAGUUCCUGCACUAGCGCAGGCUAUUUUCCGUUGUUUUUUUUUCAAUUGAAUCACUGAACAUAAGACAGUAUCUAGGCAUCCUCAUGAGCGAACUUGACAAUGCUAACAAUCCUAUUCCGAUGUGUGUGAAGUAGACUUAUGCGUCUCGACAUUGACAUUUUUAUCAUUUUCCCUUUUGAAAAUUACUGUAGAAGUCUGUUUGAAUUCAUCGGAUUCUCUACGCAUUCCAAUAAAUAUUUAUUCUGUUCUGAACUCGUUCAUUACAUUAAUGAGGCCACAUUAACGAUUACUAAUGCGAAUAUUUCAGUGGACAAUGUGGUCAGCGCAUUGAAAUGUCCGCAUCAGUAGUAGCAGAGUCUCAAUAUUUUGGAUGAAAUUUUUGUGAAAAGUUUCUUUGAACAUUUUCUCGAGUUUCAGAUAAAAUUUUCCAAUGUGGAAAUCAAUAUUCUGUGAUAAUUUACCCUUAACUAUCGACACCGUACACGUAUCCAUCAAUCAUUUCUCAGAGAUUAUGUCUUUGUGCCACAAAUUAAGAAAAAUGAAAAAGAAAAUUAAUGAUAUCCCUCUGAAUUUACGAUAGCGAUGAUGAUUUUGAGCAGUUCACUUGCUUAUUUCAAAUCAUUUUAUCACUCUUUACUUCCUGCUAGAUGAACAAUGAGAGAGCCAGUCUUGCAUUUAAAAAAAAUUCAAAAGAAUGAAUUUCUUCUUCUAUUCAGACAGUACACAUAGAAUUGGGGGGCUUCAGGAAUCUCCAUGCGUAUGUUUACGGGUUGAAUUUUUUCACAUUAUAACAUUCCAAAUAUUAACUUAAUUGAGAGAUGAAAAACCUCUAGAGUAAUAUCAAUUUUACGACUACUGAAUGGAAAGUAAAAUUGCACGGUACAUAAAUUUAAGCUGAGAGUGAAACGCAAAUUCUGUAUUAAAAAAAAGUUGAAGUGUUACUUCUGUGUGGCACACUGGCCAGUGCAACCACUUGGCACACCUCGAGAUGCCAUUUCGAUGCCACAGCCCUAGUAGAACUGACAAACUCACGAUCCAGAAAUUAUGAAUCAUUUUCAAAGCGCCAAAUGGUUGUACUCGUGCUAGUGUGGUAAUAUAGGGAAAAAUGAGGGAAAAUAAAAAGAUCAACAGACCGCUGAAUAGCGUAGUAAAGAGAUCAAAAGAUGAACACAAUUGUUGACAAUACUAUGCUUGAAUUGGAAAAAAAAUACUAAACAAAAGAAAAGAAAAGGGGGGAGAACAAUUAUAAAAACACGAAUGGCGCAUAAUGGAAUUUUAUUAUAGUAAGUAUGCAAAGAGAAUGUUCGCAAUAAUUUCAAUCGUGUAAAUUGCAUUAACUCAGAUUUAUUAGCAUGUAAAUUUGGCGGUUGCGUGAGUCUAUUGAAUUAUGUGAAAAAAAAAAUAUAAGAAAAAUGAGUAAAUUCAUAGUAUAUUUCAUCAUUAAUCUCCAACAAAGAGUGUUGUUAUAUCGUUGUUGUUGAAUGUUAAUAAUUCAAAAUUAACAUUAAAAAAAAUAUUUGAAGAUAUUCGAGUUAAAACACGCACAUGUUACACAGAAAACAUUUCGAUGACUGAUUAAGUAAAUUUGAUCAUGUCCAACGUGGAAUUGUAUGAAAAAAAAAUUAUUCACUGUUAUUCUUCAUUGAAUUUCGUUUAUCGUUAGAAAAUAAAAAUCCGUAGGCUGACUAAACACUUAUCAUUAUUCACCACAAGCUUGAAUGCCUAAGCGAUCAAUUUUUUCAGUCAAUCUCAACUAAUGAACGUAAAAAUAAUAGAUAAUCAUGGACGAUAUCAUUGAACUUUCAUCAGCCACCGAAAAAUUAGAGUUCGAGAGAGAAAUUAUGAGCAUGAGUAUGUCUUGCAGUCCUAUUUACUUUUCUAGUUUCGAGUAAGGCCCCAGAAUGAAGCGAAAUAUAUCGAACACAAUAGCAAAACUAUUUAUCGGUUCAAGAUUACCAUUUCUUUACUGAUAAAGUCGAGGUUUCUUUAGGAAAUUGAAUUUCAAAUGGAUAUCGACAUUCACACUACUUUACAGUUUGGAUAAAACAUAUAUUUUUUAUGUUUAUGAUAUUUAUUUAUGGACAAUCGACCAUACAAUCGGUGCAAAGUAUCAAUUUCAUGACACAUCUGAAUAUUUAUUUCGUAAUGGAAAAAAAUCUAGUUAUUAAGGAGCGCAAGGCAGGUGAAUGAAUCCAUGAGAAUCAUGAAUAAAGCAAUAACCCAUAAAAGAAACUGAGAAAUUGUAAAAUAUGAGUAAUUAAUACUAAGGGAGUUGAAAAAUUUCAGUGAGCUAACAAAAUGGUCUAUUUCUAGCUGAUGAUUGAGCCAUGUUUCAUAUCAUAACUACUGGUGCACAUAAAUAUACGCAUGAAAAUGGAUGAAAAGGAAAAUGAAUCAAGCAUGACAUCACGAAAAAUAAAAUUUUCCAGGCUACAUUAUUAUGUUUACACCGACUAACCCGUAAACAUGAAAUUGUCCAAGCCACGAAGAGUUUCGUUCGUGUGGAAUAACGUAGAUUAAGAGACAAUUCCCCUCGUAAAAGUUUUCGAAACACGUAUGCAGAGAACUGAUGAGAAAAAAAUGUCAUUUGCAAGUUGAAUCCAAUUUUUUUUGUUUUUCUGUUUUCUUCCUCCGAAAGAAUUGCAAUUUCAUUCGUACGCGUGCUCCGGAAAAUCACCCAGACAUUUAAUUUAUCGAAUUCCCAUCGAUAAUGAGGAUCGAGAUUUUUUAUACAAACAGGUGAGAAGACACUAUUCAAAUUUUAGCAUUAGAGAAAACGCUGAAGAAUGAAAAAUAUCAUAACCCAAAAAAAUGUAAAAGAAAUCAUCGUCAUGCUCCCAUAAUUUGAAAAUGUUUUCACUUCUCCACUUUCGUGUAAGCAUUCUUUAUAUUACAUCAAGGAAAAAUAAAUUGAAAAGGGAAAAAAUAAUAUUGGACUUCCGGUGAUAUUGUGAACAUAUGUAAUACGAUAUUAUGGAAUCUUUAAUCAUCACACAAAAAAAAUGAAAAGGAAGGAGUUGCACAUACAACUGCACAGAUUAUUACAUUACUACUUUUAAGAAAUACGCCCACAACAACUCGUUAUUGUCCAUAAUCUAGACAAAAGAUGAGUGAAAAAAUUUGUAAAAGAAAAAAUGAAAAAAAUGUGCUUUCGAAAGUCUGA